AUGGCGCCUACUGUGACGACGCGUCGACGGAGAAGAGUGAUCAAUCACGACGACUCGGACGACAAAAGUCAGGAUAUGUUGUCGACCUGGAACACGCGGCCCUACCCGAAUGGUGGCAGUGGCCGAGGCCGAGGCCGCGUCAACGUCAACGCCGCCGCCUCGAGCGAUCAGCAGCAGCAGCAGCAGCAGCAGCAGGGUCAGGCCAGCGGCUCAGACAAGGCGCAGAUCCUGGCCCGCCAAAAGGAAGCGGUCGAGUACCUCCGACAACGACAGCAACAACUGUUUGACGAUGCGCAGUGGAGAAGCAAUGGUGCUGCGGCGGCGAGUCGCCAGCGUAGUCGCCAGCGUGGCGGUGGUGGAGCCGGGCUCAGUAAUGCGCGGGGCCGGGGCUGGGAGGCGAGUGGCAGUGGCACCGCGUCGCUUCCCUUCUCGUCGGACCUGCCCACGAUUCCGUCCGACCCCGAAUCGCCCCAGAUGCCCGGCGACGGUCAGCUAGAAGAUGUGGGUGACCUCUUGUGUGUGGGCGGAUCUUGCCGUGUCCGAUUACGAUGACUGACGCCGGCCACUACUCGUCUGUUCCCCCGCUACGCCCCCUUCCAACCCCGUCCCGCGCGCGUGCGCCUGUCUCCCAAUUUGGAUAUCCCUACCGAUGCGAUCCCACCAUUCCUCCUUCGACGAUCCGCAUCCAUCCUCCCUGUGUGCGAUCUUCCACACAAUGGUCCCUGCUGAUGCCUCACAGCCUUUGCGACUUCUACUUCCGCUGUUGAUCCUACUCACGUCGCUGCUCUUCUCGCUGCUCGUCUUUCUCGUCUUUCUGAUCCUCGUCCGUCGAAGACGAGGCGCGAUCGCCCUCCCGCUCGGCGAAGGCGGACCGACGAACCUCGAACACGAGGACCGGUGGGAAGCCGAAGCCGACGUCGCGGGCAUAGAACAGCGGUGGUUGGAGGACGUCGACGAGAACGUCGGGAUCGGGUACACGAGGGCCAAAGGUGAGUGAGGGAACCUUUGUGGGCCGACGGAUUUCCUCCGAUUAGCCGUCGCUGCUGCUGAUACUGACGCAUCGGGAGACUUUUUUUAUAGUCUGGCAAACGCAGUACCCACCCAACUCGCAACCAACGGACAUUACGCUCUCGCAAUUCCUCUCGAUCCAAGAAAAGGGCAUCUCGGCAUGGUCGUUCGAACCAGACUAUGAGUCGAACCCGGCCAUGAUCGUGCAAUCGCGCACCGAGAUCACGUUCCUUUCCGACGGCGUCGGCAUGGCUCCCGAGGAAGGGGGAGGAUGUUGUGUGCAGAGCAAUCUGCCGCUGCCCAAGAUCAACGAGGUCUACUACUGGGAAUGCAAGAUGUACGAGAAACCCGAGGGGACGAACGUUGCCCUGGGCCUCGCGACCAAGCCUUACCCUUCGUUUAGAAUGCCAGGUCAGUCAGUGUGGAGACCUCGUGGUAUCACACGCGAGUCGGCUGCUGACCCUUGUUUCUGGCCUCGAUGCAUUCGCAUCUUACCACAGGCGCCAGCAAAUACUCGGUCGGCUACUUCUCCGCGGACGGCUUCAAAUCGCAUUCGUACCCCUUCACCGCGACUUCGUACGGCCCACCACUACGGGAAGGCGACGUUCUCGGCAUCGGCUACCGCCCCCGCAGCGGCACCGUCUUCUUCACCCGCAACGGCAAGAAACUCGAAGACGCCUACACGGGCCUGACGCGCCACAACCUGUUCCCGACCGUCGGCGCCGACGGGCCGUGCACGGUCCACGUCAACCUCGGGCAGGCUGGAUUCGUGUUCAUCGAAGCCAAUGUCAAGAAAUGGGGGUUGGCGCCGAUGAUGGGCACGCUCGCUCCUCCCCCCGCUUACGGGAGCGAGCGGGGAAGCAUCCUGUUGGAGAGUGCGGUUGCGCAGCAGCAGCAACAACAGGCUGCGCGGGGUUUGUUGAGUGGGUUCACGGGGGGGAGUAGCGGGACAGGACCUUCGUCGCGCGUGCAAGGGGGUUCGCGGCCGAGUGGAAGAAGGCAGCAUUCGUCGAGGAGGAACGGGGCGGCCGGUGGGGCCGAGUUGUCGGCGGGAUCGGCUUCGACCGUCGGUGGUGGCCAUCCUUCGACGGCCGCUGGGGCGGCCGCGGCUCUGGGGUCUCCGACGCGACCGGCUCAACCUGUUCGACCUUCGCCGUUGCGACAUUCAAGAAACGUCUCGCACCAAUCAUCGUCGUCACAUUCGUACGAUAUUGAAGCCGGGCAUCGAUCGCCCCUCGCUCUCAUCGAGGACUCUGAACGCUCGAUUCACCCCGAUCAGGAUCAGUACGACGAAGAACGCGCUCGGUUACACAACCCUCCCACACCGGGUUUGUUGGACAUCAGUCUCCACUCGAUGCAUCGCUUCCCCAGCACACCGCCACCCCGCAGUCCGUCGAUGGACGAUGACGAGGUCGGUUCGACGACAUCGCAUUCGACGUACGGGUCGAGAUCGACGUCCGAAGAGGGCGGUGGAUCAGGCGGAGAAUCAAGUCAAGGUCUGGGCAGAGUCGGGAUAGCGGCAGCGGCAGCGGCGCAAGAUCCACCGGCGUAUCAUCCGAUCGAUCCGCACAUGUAUGCACCUGGGGUGGCGGAGACGAUCCUCGAAGAUGCGUUCGCCAAUUCGGGGGGAAGGAGUAGCGGCGGUGUGACGACGCUGGGUGGUGGGGGUUACUUCCACCCAAGCCAAUCGUAUCACCCGACGCAACAGGGGGCGUUCUUCCCUUCGAGGACGUACAACACCCCCUUGGCAACGUCGAGGGGUAGUCCGACGCCGUUUGGCCAGUUGCCAAUGAACGUCGGGUUCCCCGGAUCGACUUCGAAUGCCGAAGAAGGGAGAGGUGGUGGUUUUUGGAGUUGGUUGGGUUUCGGGUCCGGGGCUAGUCAGGGAUCGGGCGGGGACGUCGAAGCGGGGACGGCAUCGACGUCGGGUACGGGAGCGGUGGAUGUAUAUCCUGGUGCCGGUGGUCAAGGGACGAGAGGAGCACCGGGGGCGACACGAUAG